AUGUCUAUUACCGAAGAAAAAGCUACAUGGAGUACCUACUUUGAUGUAACACCUCCAGAAGAUUAUAGCUUCCUAGGCUUUUACGAGCACCGGUCGAAACAGGCAGACUUUAUUUCCUCUUUUCAGAAGGAGUCGCACAAACUAAAAAAAGAACUCGUUAACUUGAUAAAGGAUGGCUCGAACGAAAUGAAGAAAGGCGCCAGUCGAUUGGAAAAAAUUCGUAGGUACUGCAUGUUGGGUUGUAAUGACCUCUCUUGCAGGAAGGAACCCACACAACUAAGGGUGGCAUCUGCGUGUUGUCCACCUAAUGGUCUGCGUGGACAUCGUAAAUACUUUGAAGGCGUUAGCAGGUUCUGGAAUCAAAUUGAGAGACGCCGUGCUGAGUUUGAGGCCUCUAGCUCGAUUAUACAAAAUACUACUGAAGUCUUCAAAACUUCCGCUGCAAGUGUCAAUUCCUCCAUCAAGAACGUUAAUGACACAAUACUCAAAUACAAUGAAGAGCUUAAUGGUGUUGAGAGUGCCUUAGGAAAAAGACGAGAUUCUGAAAAUUAUGAGGAAAAUCGAAUUUUAAAAAAGCGUCAGAACAGAUGUACCACACCACCACCACGUGAAGACCACAGCCUAAUGAACACUCUUAUUGGGUCAUCUAAGUUUUCAGAAUCCAGUCAGCUCGCGGUCUUUGUUGGAGGAAUUCCAAACUAUGAAGAAGGCGUAGAAAUUGAUCCGGAAUUAGCAGUUCAAGAAACUGAUGAAGCCGCGAUUCCUUAUUUUGAACGCUCUUUUGACCAUAACUCUUGGAAGAGUUGGACUUUAAGGUCUGGUUCAGUAGUUGUUGACUUGUUGAAGAAAGCAUCAAGAAUUAAAGGGCAUCCUCUGAGGCCAGAAGUUUGGAGUAUUAUUCGUUGUGGAUUUAAGAUAGCAAAACCAAAAUGGUGCAAUGACAAAGAGUAUGCCGAGAUCCAAAGUUUUACGAGACGCCCAAGCCUUACAAGUCCUCCAAAGCACAUUAUGGAACUUUUGAAAAGACAGAAAUCAUUAGAAUCUUUGGGAUUCGAAAUAAAAAAGUUUAAAAGAGACAAAUUAAAUACAGAUACUUACUUCCUGGAAGAAAUUACUAGUCGGUACUCAGAUGAAGAAAAAGCGCUUUUUUCGGAAAAUAUCAAGAUAACGUGUUCAACACCGUAUUUUGAAGACUCAUUCACUACUUUUUUCAUGAAAAUUUUAUCUCUAUUUCAUAAAUAUGUUUUUAUAGACGAUUCUAUUAUACAACAGCCAGGUGUAUCAGAGGCAAAUUAUGGAGGUUAUGUGAUACAUCCUUGUUUAAAAAAAAUACAUGUCGACUUAGAAGAUUGUCUACAUUAUCACAUGGGAGAAGCUGUUUUAUCGUCGGUCAAGUCUUGCAGAAGUCGACGAAAAUCUAUCAAUUCUUAUGAACAGAAAUCUGAUGGAAUCUUCUUUGUGAAAUUAAAAAAAGCAUUGAUUGAAGUAGGCCAUUUGGAAAUGAGUGGGGGACACGGACAUAAAGAUAUCCCUCGUUCUACGUGGGAUGGUUGUUGUAAGCUACCGAUUGGGAACUCUUUUAUGUUAGAAGAAAUUGGUGAGCAGUUUCGGGGUGGUUCUCCUGAAACUUUUUCAAAGUUAAGAGUUUGGUCGUUGCACACCUAUGAGGAUCGGAUUGAGUUAUGGCAAAUGCAUAAUCCAGCCUGCGGUGUUUUGCAAUACGAACGAUCACAUAAGUCAAUUGUACCAAUUUGUUAUGAAGGACAUCGUAAGCAUAUUUUUGAUUUUGUUGUCCUCCUUUGGGAUUUCAAGUGUGGAUUGUUGGAAACUUUCAAUAUAAUACUUCAACUGCAGGAUGAAAAUAAUGAUAAUUUGUUUGAAUCGUCCAAACUUUCCGGAAGUCUCCCAGCAUACCCAUUUACUCCAAGUAAAGAUAAACACAAAAUCGGUAUUCAAGGUACAAAUAAAGGUAGUGAUCCUGAUAGUUCUCCAAUUCGAUCUUACAAAAACGAUAAUCAAAAUAAAACUGAAUCCCAUGUAUGA